AUGCCGUCGGCAUCUCCGCCGCUGCAAAACUCCAAAGCAACGCUGCACGCCGAGCUCUUCAAAGGAUUGGGCGCUCUCAAGGACGAAUACGUUAUUCGGCUGAAACCCGAUGCCGUGCCCUUCUCGCUAAGCGUCCCCCGCAGGAUCCCCAUCCCGCUGCUCGAGGUCGUCCGCCACGAGCUGGACAAAUUGGAAAGCGCGGGAGUGAUCCGCAGGAUCGACAAGCCAACUCCAUGGUGCUCUGGCCUUGUCGUCGUCAGGAAAGACGAUGGUUCCUACCGGCUGUUCGACGAGUUUGUCCGUGGCAUCACCUUCGAUGUCGAGACCGACCACCUGCCUCUCGUCUCACUUCUGGGCAAGAUGGAACUCGAUAUGUUGCCGCCUCGUAUUCAGAGACUACGGCUCAAGACAAUGCAGUACCAGUUUCGCAUGCUGCACGUGCCAGGAAAACUGCUAGCAACAGCAGAUGCCUUAUCACGUAUCGCCCACAAGGCAUCUACUCCUGUAGACAGGGUGGAACUCUUCGCAGCACAAGUAGUCGGCUGCAUGUCGGAAGUCUUGCCACUCCACCCUGAAGAUGUACGACAGGCACAAGAAUCCGAUGCAGAGUGCAAGGCCCUCAUCUCCUUCUGCCAGCAAGGUUGGCCACGAAAGACCAAGCUACCUCUGCAUGUGUCGAAGUAUGCCUCCGUGGCAGACGAGCUCUCUGUCUGCGAUGGUAUCCUGCUGAAAGGCCCCCGGAUUGUCAUCCCAUCAUCUCUUCGGCCGGCGGUCUUGACGCUGUUGCACGAAGGCCAUCAGGGCGUCAACAGGACCAAAGCCCUAGCUCGGGAGUCGGUUUGGUGGCCGGGUAUCUCGGCAGAAAUCGCCUCUCUCGUCACCAACUGCGAACAGUGCGCAUCCACCCGGGUGAACCUUGCUGAACCCCUAGUCUCCACAGCUCUACCUGGACGUCCCUGGGAAUUUCUCGGAAUGGACUUGUUCCAUCUCAAUGGCCAGGCAUUCCUCCUGGUGGUGGACUACUACUCGAGGUUUCCCGAGGUGGUGACCCUGAGAAGCACUACAGCUCGGGCAGUCAUCGAUGCUCUCAAAAGCAUCUUCGCACGCCACGGAAUCCCACAAGACGUCAGGUCGGACAACGGUCCACCGUUCUCGUCGCAAGAGCUUGCGGCAUUUGCAGCGUCUUAUGGCUUCAACCAUGCGACCAGUAGCCCACACUAUGCCCAGUCAAACGGAGAGGCAGAGAGGAUGCUACGUCCCAACUGGCCGCCUAGGAAAGAUGUCGUCACCAAGGAUGUAGCCUACAAGCGUAAGCAGACCGGCGACUACAAUAGGCAUCACGGAGCUCGAGACCCUGUCACCUCUCCAAACGAGUCAGCGUGUGUGGGUGCGCCCUGA